AUGAUCUCGCGCACGCACGUAUUGGGCGUGAUCGGCGGCUCCAGUCUCUUUCACGCCAAGAGUUUCUCCUCAGGUCUUGUCGAGCAGGUCGUGGAAACGGAGUUCGGUGCUGUCGUGUGCCACGUCGGCACGUGGCCGUCAGGCUCGCAGGACGAGACAUCACCCGCUCUUCAGCUCGUAUUUGUGCAACGCCACCACGCGGACCCGGACGGAAAAUAUCGCCAGCCUCGAAAGAUCAACUUCCGCGCCAUCGCGCUGGCGCUCAAGUCACUGCGGUGUGAGGCCGUGGUGGGCAUCUACUCAGUCGGCUCCAUGACGCCUAAGGUUGGCGUGGGGCGCUUCGUGGUGCCCGAGGAUUUUUUCAGCCCGUUUGACAUCAUGCACGUGUCCAAGGAUUAUGACGCACACGUUGUUCCUGAGCUCCACGCCAAACUCAAGACCGCGCUGGUGCAAGCGCUAACAGGUGGAGGCUUCGACCCGCACGACGGCGGCGUCUACGUGCAGACGGCAGGACCGCGCUUUGAGACCAAGUCGGAAGUGCGCUUCUUCGCGCAGUUUGGCCAGCUCAUUGGCAUGACGGGUGCAAAUGAGGCCGAGUUGCUUAAUGAACUACGUGUGCCCUUCGCCAUGUUCUCCAUCGUGGACAACAUGGCCAACGGUAUGGGUGACCCGCUCACACUCGAGGCUUUCAAGGCUACGCAAAAGGCCAACGCUGACCUUAUGGAGCGUGCAUUCGUGCACACGUUGAACGAGCUGGCGUCCACCAAGGCGCUGGCCUAUCUCGCCUCCUCGACUUGA